AUGUCGGCUAUGUUCGCUAUGUUCGCCGGUAUGUCCGCUAUGUUCGCUAUGUUCGCCGGUAUGUUCGCUAUUUUCGCCGGUAUGUCCGCUAUGUUCGCUAUGUUCGCCGGUAUGUCCGCUAUGUUCGCUAUGUUCGCCGGUAUGUUCGCUAUGUUCGCUAUGAUCGCUAUGUUCGCCGGUAUAUUCGCUAUGUUCGCCGAUAUAUUCGCUAUGUUCGCUAUGAUCGCUGGUAUGUUCGCUAUGUUCGCCGGUAUGUUCGCUAUGUUCGCCGGUAUGUUCGCUAUGUUCGCUAUGAUCGCUAUGUUCACCGGUAUGUCCGCUAUGUUCGCCGGUAUGCUCGCUAUGUUCGCUAUGAUUGCUAUGUUCGCCGAUAUAUUCGCUAUGUUCGCCGGUAUAUUCGCUAUGUUCGCUAUGAUCGCUGGUAUGUUCGCUAUGUUCGCCGGUAUAUUCGCUAUGUUCGCCGGUAUGUUCGCUAUGAUCGCAAUGUUCGCCGGUAUAUUCGCUAUGUUCGCCGAUAUAUUCGCUAUGUUCGCUAUGUUCGCCGGUAUGUUCGCUAUGUUCGCCGGUAUAUUCGCUAUGUUCGCCGGUAUGUUCGCUAUGUUCGCCGGUAUGUUCGCUAUGUUCGCCGGUAUGUUCGCUAUGUUCGCUAUGAUCGCUAUGUUCGCCGAUAUGUUCGCCGCCGGUAUGUUUGCUAUGUUCGCCGCCGGUAUGUUUGCUAUGUUCGCCGGUAUGUUCGCUAUGUUCGCUAUGUUCGCCGGUAUAUUCGCUAUGUUCGCCGGUAUGUUCGCUAUGUUCGCUAUGAUCGCUAUGUUCGCCGAUAUGUUCGCCGCCGGUAUGUUUGCUAUGUUCGCUAUGUUCGCCGCCGGUAUGUUUGCUAUGUUCGCCGGUAUGUUCGCUAUGUUCGCUAUGUUCGCCGGUAUAUUCGCUAUGUUCGCCGGUAUGUUCGCUAUGAUCGCAAUGUUCGCCGGUAUAUUCGCUAUGUUCGCCGAUAUAUUCGCCGGUAUGUUCGCUAUGUUCGCCGGUAUGUUCGCUAUGUUCGCCGGUAUGUUCGCUAUGUUCGCCGGUAUGUUCGCUAUGUUCGCCGGUAUGUUCGCUAUGUUCGCCGGUAUGUUCGCUAUGUUCGCUAUGAUCGCUAUGUUCGCCGAUAUGUUCGCCGCCGGUAUGUUUGCUAUGUUCGCUAUGUUCGCCGCCGGUAUGUUUGCUAUGUUCGCUAUGUUCGCCGGGUUCGCUAUGUUCGCCGGUAUGUUCGCUAUGUUCGCCGGUAUGUUCGCUAUGUUCGCUAUGAUCGCUAUGUUCGCCGAUAUGUUCGCCGCCGGUAUGUUUGCUAUGUUCGCUAUGUUCGCCGCCGGUAUGUUUGCUAUGUUUGCUAUGUUCGCUAUGUUCGCCGGUAUGUUCGCUAUGUUCGCCGGUAUGUUCGCUAUGUUCGCCGGUAUGAUCGCUAUGUUCGCCGGUAUGUUCGCUAUGUUCGCCGGUAUGGCCAAAACAAAUCUUAUAGAUGAUAAUUCAACAGCAAUAUCAAGACCCACUUUUUGA